AUGGGUAUUAAAGGCUUAACUAAAGUUAUUGGCGAUCGCUGCCCUAAUGCCAUCAAAAGUAAUGAGAUAAAGAAUUAUUUUGGACGUAAGGUUGCAAUUGAUGCUUCAAUGUCAAUAUAUCAAUUCUUGAUCGCUGUGAGGCAACAGGAUGGACAACAAUUGACCACUGAAUCAGGAGAGACUACAAGCCAUUUGAUGGGUAUUUUUUAUCGAACGAUUCGAAUGGUCGAAAAUGGGAUAAAACCUUGUUACGUCUUUGACGGAAAACCACCAAAAUUAAAAUCUGGUGAGCUUGCGAAACGUUUGGAGCGAAGAAAAGAAGCGAGUAAAAGUCUCGAAGAAGCUGAAGAAUUGGGUGAAACUGUUGAUAUAGACAAAUUCAGUCGACGAACCGUUAAAGUUACUUCAGAACAUAAUGAUGAAUGUAAAAAACUAUUAAGCUUAAUGGGAAUUCCAUAUGUUGAGGCACCAUGUGAAGCUGAAGCUCAAUGUGCCGCUUUGGCCCGAGAUAAGAAGGUAUAUGCAGCCGCAUCCGAAGAUAUGGACACAUUGACUUUUUCGACCCCCGUACUAUUACGACAUUUAACUUUUAGUGAAGCUAGAAAAUUACCUAUUGGCGAAAUUCAUCUAAAUAAAGUAUUAGAGGGGCUUAACUUUACAAUGGAGCAGUUUGUGGAUUUAUGUAUUCUUUUGGGUUGCGAUUAUUGUGAUUCUAUUAAAGGCAUUGGCCCACAAAGAGCGGUUGAAUUAAUAGAUAAGCAUAAAUCGUUAGAGGAAAUAAUUAGGACUCUUGAUCCUAAGAAGUAUCCAAUUCCAGAUGAUUGGAUGUAUAACGAAGCAAGACAAUUGUUUCUAAAUCCAGAAGUUCUAGAUCCGAAAGAUAUCGACAUUAAAUGGAAGGAUCCCGACGUUGAAGAGAUUGUCAAAUAUUUAGUUCAUGAAAAAGGAUUUAGUGAGGAUCGUGUAAGAAAAGGAGUCGAUAAACUUGCAAAACAUCUUAAGACUGCAACACAAGGAAGGUUGGAUAGCUUUUUUACUACGCUACCAAGCAGUCCAAAAGCACCUUCUAAACCUUCUAAACGUAAGGUAAUUAUCUAA